GCUCUGAAUACCUACUACACACAGCGAAUCGACGAUGGAGAAUGGAGACCUAUGAAAUAGACCCUCUAGGCCUGUACAAGAACUGACCUUGUUGUGUUUUUUGAUUUGGAACUUCUGUACUUAUCCACCUCUAGUCGAAAUAUGUCUCGUAGGUUGAUUCUUUCCCUCUAAUUCUUUAAAAAUCCUCCCCGCCAUCAUUUCCGAACCUCUGAUUCUGCCCGCACUGAAGAAGAAGAGGUUAUUCAUUCCCCUUCACAACUUGAUUUUCUCCCCCUGAUCAAAUCUACCUCCUUUGGUGACUAUGCUGCGAUCGCGAGUACCCCAAGCGCGUCUUGGACGCGUGGCGACAAAACCAAUCCUACAGACACCAGCCAAAAGCCUCUAUUCCACAAACCGCGCGCCCUCGGCUACAAUUCUUAAGAAGGCAACGAAGUACACUCUGGUUGCUGGUGUUCUCGGCGCACCCGGCCUUUGGUGGUUAGCAUCCAAACCCACCCGCGCUAACGAUGAAUUACCGGUUCCACGUUUCGAGAGUGUUCCAGCUAAAAAGUUGACCUUUGGACAACGCCUUUCUCAAGAAGACGUCACACGCAUCUUAACGCGAUACGCGUAUAAUUUCCUCGUUAAGGAUGUCACCGGCGUCGAUCGAUACGAUGGUGCUCAGUUGGCUUCCAAUAGCCCUUGCGAGGACCGCUUCAUCCAUGGCCAAUUCCCUUCGCCGUGGGACGACGGCAGUCAGUGGAUGGCCUGGGCUAUCUUCGACGGGCAUUCGGGUUGGCAGACAGCGUAUUUACUAGAGAAACAGCUUCUCCCUAUCGUGAGACAUAAGUUGGGCCAAGUCAAGGCAGAAUCGAAGAAAGAGUCUAUGUGGAAAGUAGUACAACGUGCUAUCAAAGAGGCGUUCAAGAAAACUGAUGAUGCAAUGAUGAACGCGGCGACAGGCAUCUCCGAAAGCAAGGAGCCAUUUCAGGAUAAAGUGAAGAAGAUGAUCCCCGCUUACACUGGCUCAAGCGCUUUGCUAUCCCUAUAUGACCCUGUUGCCCGCAUUUUGCACGUGGCCGGCACUGGCAACUCAAGAGCAGUGAUGGCGCAGAAGGCUCAAGACGGAAGAUGGGUUACGAUGGCCCUGUCAGCAGAUCAUACUGGUUGGAAUCCGAAAGAGGCUGAGAGGAUUAACAAGCAGCAUCCUGAUGAAGGCGAUGUAGUCAAAGAUGGACUCGUACUGGGAAUAGGGGUCACGCGAGCAUUUGGCGAUGCGCCAUGGAAGUUGCCUCAAGAGCUACAGAAGGAUCUAAGCAAAAGAUUCGGCGCUCCACUGCUCCUUGGGUACAACCUCCAAACACCCCCGUAUCUAACAGCUGUACCAAAUGUGGCAAGCUUCAAGAUCGACCCUGACAUCCCUUCAUUCCUAAUCAUGGCGUCGGACGGUUUCUGGAAGUUCGUCACUGAUCAACAGGCCGUUGAUCUGGUCAGCAAGUGGAUAGAAUCGCGAGGCAAGCCGCAAGGCAGUCCUAAACCAACGUAUGAACCCUUCGACUUUAGUCAGUUCUUGGGUGGGAAGAUGAAAUGGGAGUUCGUGGAGGAGAGAAGAACGGUCCAAGAUGAAAAUGCUGCCGUGCAUCUAGUGCGUAACGCUCUUGGCGGUAACCAUCAUGAGUUAUUAGCAGGCCGACUUGCGCUCACCGCCCCCUUUUCCCUAUCCGCACGAGACGACAUAACCGUACAGGUGGUUUUGUUCAACCAACCUGGCCUCAGUAAAGAGACAAAGUAAAGCAACGACGUCUUGACCUCGAUGGUAUCGAUACGGCCUAACACUAACAUCUUCUGCGCCUUCGCAGAAGAGGAAGGAAUUGAUAUCGAUGAGGAUGAAUUCGUCUAUCCUCAAUGGAAAUAGGAAAU